CGGAGCUCCGCCCCCCGGCUUGUGGUCGCUGGCCGGUAGGCAGGCGCGGGGCUGUCAGGAGCCUCUGAGUGUGGAUCGCUGCCGCUGCUGCCCUGCUUCCCUCCGGCCGUGAGGAGAGACUGCGGCGGCCAUGAAGAUCUGGAGCUCGGAGCAUGUGUUCGGACACCCAUGGGAUACAGUGAUCAAAGCUGCUAUGAGAAAGUACCCCAACCCAAUGAAUCCGUGUGUGGUAGGAGUGGAUGUCCUUGACAGAACCCUUGAUAACCAGGGAAGGUUGCAUAGCCACCGUCUCCUCAGCACAGAGUGGGGAUUGCCAAGUAUUGUAAAAGCGAUUUUAGGAACAAGUAGAACUCUGACUUACAUUGAGGAACAUUCUGUGGUAGAUCCAGUGGAAAAAAAGAUGGAACUUUGCUCAACUAAUAUUACUCUCACAAACUUAGUGUCUGUUGAUGAGAGAUUGGUUUACACGCCGCAUCCUGAAAACCCUGAAAAAACUGUGCUAACUCAAGAAGCAAUUAUUACUGUUAAAGGCAUUAGCUUGAGCAGUUAUCUGGAAAGCUUAAUGGCAAACACAAUAUCUUCCAAUGCCAGAAAGGGUCGGGAUGCCCUGGAAUGGGUGAUCAGCAAACUAAACACAGAAUUGGAGGAGCUGAAGUCAACACGUGAGGGCAUGAAACCAGCCAUGGCAGCAGCGUCAACAGAAAAAUGAAACCAAAAAUCCCAGGGAAGUGACAGAAGAGUCUUUCUCUCCAGACUGCUUUGUAGAUCUCCCUGCCAAGGCUGAUCUGCACAAGAUUUAUAUAAGAAUUUGGGAUCAGCAGAAAAGUAACCUCAUCUGUCAUCUCCACAGCAGCUCCUGUUGCCUACUGAAGAUUAAAUUGACCUCCUGCAGAUGCUCUUUUUAUUUAAACCAUUUAUUUUUAACACUGGAAACAAAACAUUUAGCAUAUUUGAAACUGCCUAAAUGUGCCUUUUCUAACAAAGAUCAAAAGUAUGUUGUAUUUACAUCAUCUUGGUUCUUUUGUACUCGGACUUAAAAAGAAUGCAUGUGUGCUAGUAAGAGUUUUCCAUGUGAACAUUCAUUCUGUGAAGGGUUGAUAGGAACCAUAGCACUGAAUUUUGUCUGCUUUGUAAUUUGAUAGUGUCUUAAGACACUUAAAGGGAACUACUUGAGUCAGAACGUGAUAGAAUUAGAUAGCUUAUCGAGAGGAUCAUCCCAAGAAGCUAAAACUUGUGUGGUACUAACUUUUCUUAUCUUGUUUGAAAGUGCUGCCUGAACAUGACACAGAGAUACUUUACCUCUCAGAUGUUUGUAUCCAAACAAAGAUAAAGUUUCUAUUGAUGUUAUAGCCUAAACCAGUUUUUUGAUGGGGAGAAGGGUAUAAUUUAUUUCCAUAUUUAUUAACUUGCCCUAGUUCCUUCCCUCCCUAUGAGGAGAGGAGUUGUAAUUCCUGGAAGGUGCUGGAAAAUACUUUUCAUAUAUAUCUCUAAGAAGGGUACUUGAGGGCUACUUGAACUAAUAGACUGUGCUGUUCCACUGAUCCUUGCUCUUCACAUCCUGUCUUAACUGAGGGAGAGACUGAUGCAAAAACCAGAAGAGCUGAGAUGAGGAAUAAGCAGGAAAUCUGGGAUGGUAAAUUUCAUGAACAUGCACUUUUUGUGCCCUGAACAGAGAAAAGAGGACUACAAGGAAAACAAAUGGACUCUCCUUUCUGAGCGCUUUUAUUAACCACUGAUUACCAGCAUAACUGAUUUUUUUUCAACGCUUUUCCACAUUGGUACAAAAUGAUUUUAGGAUAAUUUUAAAUGCUUCUCAUUAUCUGGAAAAAGUACUCCAGUAACUGCAGAAAUUGCUUCCUGUAAAGCCUGAUGUUCACAAUGUUUUCGUAUUUGGUCCAGAUGUAGUAUAUGUUUCUUAAAGCCGUGGGUUAGGGCAUUUUAACUUAUUUUUGGUGUUCACACAAAGUGAGCUAAGUGUUGCAAGGAUGUUUACUCAUUCAGGUGGCGAGUAGGUGUUUAGGAAGCUGUUAAAGAGCAUGAGUAACUUCUAAAAAAACUAGAAGAGCAAAGUAUUGGUCACUGUUUUGAUCUGGUAAUUUUACAGUGUCUGUAGCUCAAGGGAAGUUUCAGCGUUUGUAUUCUGGGUAGUUUGAAAGUGAACAUUAAUUUGGGUGUAACUUUAGUCUCACUAAAUUACAUGAUCCUAAUGAAUAAACUUAAUUUAAAAGUACAUAUGUAUAUAUCAAUUCAAAGCAAUUAAAUUAGUAGCUAACAUUUACACUGCUCUUUUUAUAUGGACCUAAAGUCUUUCUUAUUUUGGAACAGAAACUUAGAGCUUAGAGGCUGACAGAAGCUCCUUUCCAGAAGAUACACUGGAUAGCUUUGGUGCAGGUCAGUUGCUGAUUGCUUCCCAGAGGAGUGAUACCACUUUCUGAAUAAGGAAUGCAGAAGAUGUUCUAGCUCCUGGUGGCGUUCAGCUGGGAAGGGGAGUGCAGCUAUGGCCGAGAUCUACAAACAAAAGCAAAAGAUGAGUAAGUGUCUGUGCAUGUGGAAACCUGUACUGCAGCAUUUCCAUACGUACCUACUGGAGAUGAUGAAAACAUAACUGUCAGGGUGUAAAAAAGUCUUUGGAGAGGUUCAUGUAUUGCUUUGCUUUGCAAGAAGGAUUGUCUAAAGCUGCUUCUUGCAUCAGGUUAGAAAUAGUUACUUAGUGUUGUCUUAAACCUGAUUUGUGUAUAGCACCUACCAGCACUAGCUGGUAUCCCAUGAAAGCCACCACAGGCUCCUAUGUUCUCUUCAAGGCCAAACUCCUCUGCUGCACCUUGGGUCAGUAUCAAUUAUCCAUCAGUUUUCUGGGUUACAUCCUUUGCACUUUGUUUCCUUCUUCCAGAAACAAAUCCUUACCUGUUUGUGUUGCAGCAUCUCUGCUCUGUUUCAUUCCUCACUGAUUUUGGGAUGCUUCCACUCUGCAUUUCGUGCUUCUUGUGAACUCUAUGGCUUAGUGCUUGGGUGUCCAGUUUGUCUGCAGCUCACUUGCUAUGUAUCACUACCUUGCCUGCUUGUGCUCAGUCCUUUUCUGCUUUUCUCUAGGCUAAAUGGGAGUGGGGAAACUUUGGGUAGGAAAAAGACUAAUUUCCUCCAGAAGCCAGUUCCAUCACCCAGCUGCCUCUCUGCAUUGCUGGGCAGUGCUGCUGCUCUCACCUUGUCUUUGGGCUAGGUGACACUACUGCACCUCCUGUGGCUGCUCAUUUUUCCAGAGUGUACAAAGGACCAAUGCUCACACUUGGGACCAAGCAGGCUUCAGUGUUUAGCAGGUGAAUUGCUUUUUAAUUUCCUGUUAGCUUUCGUGUACACUUUUACUCUCCUGCUUACUGCCCAUCUAGUUUGGAUACGGGGCACCCACCCUUCUUUUUGCUUGACCAUGUGGCUCUAUGGGAUCUGAUAGGAUCUGUACCUGUAUGUUCAGCCCUGCUGUGCAUAACACUGUUUCUGAAGCACUCCAGUUUUGUCAUUGUUACAGUCUGAGUUGACCCUUGGGGCAAAAAAAAACCCUACCUUU